AUGCCUAUCCUUCUCACCUCUCUCCUGGGCACCGCAGUGGGUUCUGCAGUAGUCUACUUUACAUCUCCCACUCUGGCUGCUGUUCUUGCCGGAUCGGCACUCAAUUGGAUCACGAUUCACUCCUUGGCAAUCGACGCUCUCUUCGCCAUCUUGAUUUGCUUUUUCAUCCUCUGUUAUCUGGAGACGAAAUGGAUCGCGGUCAAUCAAUCAUUUCCCUACACCUUCCAUCUCAAGAACAACAUCGGGAAAUCAUCUUUCGAUUUUCAAUUGGUUGUGUUUGAGCUAUGGCAUACAAACAAGCUGAACAGAUAUGGUCACAUGGUGUGUUUGUUCUGCGAACAACUUCUCUGGCUUUACAUCAUCAGAAUCACAUUUGGUCUUUCUGGUCUGGCAUUAACGAACAUCGCUUUGGACAUGCAAGCUUUUUCAUUCGGAGAUCUUAGACUCGGCUUUGGUACUGCUGUCUUCAACGCUGCUUACUCGUUGCUCGGCAUGUGGGCCUUUGACGGGUUUGCACCAGUGGCCGCGAUCGACAUUUGCAAGAUUGCGCUCUUCUGGGUGGUGGUUGUGCGUACUGCUGUACACGCCGCCGAGCCUUUGCCUCCGGUCUACGAUAGCGAGACCGACUCUUUCGGCGAGACCUGGGGCGACGAUGGCUAUCACUUGAUCUUCAAGAAGCCCUUCUCUGCUCUGUGGCUGUUUAUUCUGGGCAUUGUCUCCGAGCUUGCCUCUGGUGUGCCUGGACGUCUGUUCGGCACUGCUCUUUACAAGGCUCUGUACCGUGCUGGCGGUUUCCGCAGUACCACACUCAAGGGUGUUGACACCGCUAGAGAAGAGGCACUCUCGACACUGAAGAACGGCUGGGCCUCUAACGAGAUGCUUGCGCCUUACUUCCUCAAGUCAUCAUCUGUAACUAUUGUCGAGAAACUGCCUCUCGAGUGCUGA